GGCAAAGGGUACUUACUGCCCACUGCUCGCUAUAUAAAUACCUGCCCGUCGCCAUCUCUCUCCAUAGUUGCAGUUUUCUUAUACGCAGAAACCGAUUUCUGUUUGUCCCAAUGGCUGAAGAAGGGCAAGUGAUCGCAUGCCAUAAGAAAGCUGAAUGGGAUGCUCAUUUAGCGAAAGCGAAGGAAUCCGGAAAACUGAUUGUUGUGGAUUUUACUGCUUCCUGGUGCGGGCCAUGCCGUACAAUUGCUCCAUAUUUCUCAGAAUUGGCUAAGAAUCAUCCCGGUGUCGUUUUCCUGAAAGUGGACGUCGAUGAAUUGAACACUGUUGCUACCGAGUGGGAGAUCAAUGCAAUGCCGACAUUUGUUUUCAUGAAACGAGGGGAAACAGUUCACAAGAUUGUUGGUGCUGAUAAAUCGGCGCUGUUGAAAAAAAUAGAAGAGCUCAAGACUCCAACUGCUGCUACUACUUCUACUGCUUAGACACAAUCAGCUUGGAGGAUGUGGCCUCGAUGAUUAGUAUGGUGCAAUGAUGCUUCUGUCCACGGUUUUGUUUUCCCUAAAAGAAGUUGGAUUAUAUGCAGAACUCUGAAAGAUGAUUCUGGUUCUUGUUAUCUAGAACUUGCAGGUUUCAAUGUAGAAUUAAUGGGGCAGGAAUUUUGUUGAA